CUGGUUUUCAGAGCUAAGGCCGGUAAUAACUUGAGUCCCUUUUAUACUUGGGUCGGAAAGUCGUCUCCACCGAUUCCAGUUGAGGACGGCUGUCUACUUAUGACAGGAACGUCCAACUGUACCUCCAUAUAUAGAAGUCAUGUUCUGACUACGUGGGAUUCAGAAAGCAUAUCUGAGGUAAAACUAGAAAUGUACGAAGAUGGAAACAUGACUGUAAACAUUCGAUUUAAUGGCACAGGAUCCAACUUCACCAACUGGUUUGACCACAACAGGUUGAUAGACAGUGGCUGGAGUACCAUGUCGCAAAAUCGCACGUUUAAUUUCUUUUCUUUACAAGGGGGAUUCAUGCGGACAUUUUUUAUCAACGAGGCUUAUAAGGGUUGUCCAAAAGACCGCGGAUGGAUGAUUGUCAUUGAUCCGAAUGUUGGCUAUUUUCCCUGUGGUUAUGAAGCUCAGCCAAACAAACCUGCAUUUCUUUAUGCUCGAGGAGAGAAUAUCACACGUUGGGGAGAUAAUGAUUACGGGCUAGCAGAUGUCUUAGCUGUGUUCAUCAAACGUUGACUUGGGCUUCAGGAACCGUUAAUACAUGAAAGGCAAUAAAUAUACAAUAAUGUGGAGAUCAUGUCCAUGAUUAAGUAAGACUACGAUAUGCAUGGUAAAGUGAUAGUUUACUGAUAUCAAAAAGGAUGUUGGAAAGUCUUCGAGAGUCGGUUUUCAAUUAGAGUCAUGUUUCUACGCUAACCUGGUUGCUUUUUCAACGCUGAAAGCGGACCCUGGCUCAAUUUGCAACGCGUGUCAAUUUUUAAUGUUACACAGGAAAACGAAGGCAGCAUCGAUUUAUUGAUUAAGUACUGUCUGUGUAAUAGACCUCAAUUAUAUUACUAUUUGAAACUCAAAUAUUUAUUGGGACAUUUCAUUCUUGACUUGCAACUUUCGUUUUGAAGAGAAUAUAGAGAUUAGUGCAUUUUCAGUAGUAUAUGUUACUGGAAAUGCGUUGUGCUUUAUACAGUAUAGUAAGUUUAAAGUUCGGGAAACCCUGCGCCAAAUACUGCGCAUUCAUUCACACAUUUGAACUUUUGCAACAUUAAAAAAAAACUCUCAAUGAGUCGUGAUAAUGGUGGAAAAAUGUUAAUAUUACAUUUUACAAUAGUUAUGAUUUAGAUUAAGAUUAAAUUCGUAUUGUAAAAGUUUCGUAUGCGAGUUUAUACGACAUGUUCUGCGCAAAUGCAUAAUGAGAUACAAUCGCAGCUUUUUGAUAAAAUAUAAAUAUUUAAACCGAAGACGAAGUACGAGGUCGACAUUUUUUAAGUUAAAAAUAAAACCAUAUAUUGACCGAAAUCUAAAGGCUAUAAUAGUUUUAUUAUAAAAUGACUGUGUUGAUUUUCAAUAAUUAUGAAAUGAAUGCAAUUAACACUGAUUUGUAAAGCAAUUUUUUGUAUAGCCAGAUAUCAAGGUAAAAUAACCCCGUCAGAACCUCCAUUUAAAAAAAAAAACUUUUGUGUAUUGUUAAACUGCACCAGAUACUUUAUAAUAACUUUUAUUUAUUAUCAGAUAUAUUUAAUGAUUCAUUUAACGUAAACUUUCAUUCCGUCUGCAAGGGCUUGCCCCGAGUAUAGCCCCGUUAUAGUCCCCAAUCGGAUGCUCCGAAUUGGAGUGACUUGUUCCAGAAGGAAUUUCCUCAACAUUCUCAGGGCAAGCCCACAGCCCCAAUAAAAUUGUUUUUAGACCUGUGGAUCUGACCCCAUUAUGUAUGUAACUUACGGAAUAUUAGUAGCUUUAAUUCAAUAAAUACAAUCUGAGUAUCGUUAUACAUGUA